AAUAGUAGUGUCAGCAGUCAAUUCUUCCCAAAUGAAGGGAGGCAACUUUCGAACUGGAUGCUAAAUAUGCAUAUCGUUCUUCACUAGUAUUUUCACAUAUCCAUUUUUGUAUUAUGUACUUUCGGUCAAUUUGAUGUGAACCAGUUGCGUUAUUGAGGUUAGUUUUGUUCUCAUUUUAACAAGGACUUUUCCCUCCAUGCUCGGGCGAACUGGAUGGGUGGAAUAGCGGCAUCGGCCUAAAGUGAGAUGGGAUCAUUGCAUUGAUUUCUUGGGGAUUUGUUUCUGGUGUGAAGUUAUGACAAUGACUGGAUCGAUGGAAACUUCUUUCAAACAAGCUUUAAAGAAACCUCCAUCACAAAGGACAACAGAGGACCUGCACACCGUUUACUGUCACCUCUACCACAUGGAUGUCCUGUCCCACCUCAGGGAACACCAGCUCAGGUCGAUGUGUACCUCAGCCAGGUAUGAGAGACACGAAGCUAACCACAUCCUGUUCUACCAAGACAGCCUCGCCACAUGUUGGUACAUCCUCCUCUCCGGCUCAGUCUUCGUCAAGGAGCACAUGUACUUGGCUAGAUGCUGCUUUGGCAAGCAGCUGGGGGGCAGGCGAGGCUGUGAAUGCAUCACUUUAGAGCCGACAGAAAUGAUCGUGGUGGACAAUGCCAGCGAGGUCGAGGAGAGGGCGUUGCAGAGGGAGGCGUCCCAGAGACGUUCCCGCCGACGCUUUCGCAAAGUCAACCCCCGGGGAGAGCGGGAACUGAUCACUGACGGCCAGGAGCCCACGGAUUAUGCGUAUAACCAGCUUCCCGGAGACCUCAACAAGAUGCACCUUACUGACCACCCCCACAGCCAGGGGAUGCACGUGCCGCCCAGCCAAUCAGGAUGCAGCAUCGCCAGUGAUUCGGGGAGCAGUAGCCUAUCAGACAUCUACCAGGCCACGGAGAGCGAGAUGGGUGACGUGGACCUGUCUGGGCUCCCGGAGGCGGCGGUGGACUCUGAGGAGGAGGAGGAGGAGGACGAAGACCUGGAGAGGACGUCGGACACCCUACUGGGUAGAGACCUUGUCCGGGAGUGCCUGGAGAAGGACCCCGUGGACCGCAACGAUGACGACAUCGAACAACUGUUGGAGUUCAUGCACCAGCUGCCAGCCUUUGCCAACAUGACCAUGUCAGUCCGGAGGGACCUGUGUACUGUCAUGGUGUUUGAAGUGGUGGAGCAGGCGGGGACUGUGGUCCUAAAGGACAAACAGGAGCUGGACCUGUGGUAUGUGAUCCUGAACGGGGCGGUGGAGAUCAGCCAUCCAGACAGCCGCAUGGAGACCCUCUGCAUGGGCAACAGCUUCGGCAUCUCCCCCUCCCUGGACAAGCAGUACAUGAGCGGAGUGGUGCGCACCAAGGGGGACGACUGCCAGUUUGUGUGCAUCGCCCAAGAGGACUACUGGCGGAUCCUCAACCAUGUGGAGAAGAACACGCACAAGGUGGAGGAGGAGGGAGAGAUCGUGAUGGUGAAGGAACAUCGCGAGCUGGACCGCAGCGGCACCAGGAAGGGGCACAUCGUCAUCAAGGGCACCCCAGAGCGUUUGAUAUUGCACCUGGUGGAGGAGCCAUCGGUGGUUGACCCCACCUACAUCGAAGACUUCCUCCUCACCUACCGCACCUUCCUCUCCAGCCCCAUGGAAGUCGGCAAGAAGCUGCUCGAGUGGUUCAAAGUUGACAGCCUCAGAGACACGGUGACACGCAUAGUGUUGUUAUGGGUGAACAACCAUUUCAACGACUUUGAAGGUGACCCGGCCAUGACAAGGUUCCUUGAAGACUUCGAGAAGCUGCUGGAAACCACAAAAAUGAAGGGUCACUUGAGGCUGCUGAACAUAGCGUGCGCAGCCAAGGCCAAGUGGAGGCAGAUCACCCUGCAGAAACCGUCCAGAGAGUCCCCGCUCUACUUCAGCCUGCAUGGUGGAAGCGAGAGGGGCUUCGGCAUCUUCGUGGAGUCGGUGGAGGGGGGCAGCAAGGCCGCGGAGGCCGGACUCAAACGGGGAGACCAGAUAAUGGAGAUCAAUGGUCAGAACUUUGAGAACAUCUCCUACAUCAAAGCUAUGGACUUCCUGAGGAACAACACACACCUCUCCCUCACAGUCAAGACCAACAUCUUCGUGUUCAAAGAGCUGCUGAGCCGGAUCGUUCACGAGAAGAAGAAUGGCGUUCCGCACAUUCCCAAGAUCCAGGAGAAGAAGGGCAACCGCUUCUCCAUCCCGGACCUGCCUGGAGACAUGGAGUUCCCCACAGACCACAAGGCCACCAAGAAGAUGAAGGCCAACACCGUUUCUGGAGGACGGAACAAGAUCAGGAAGAUGCUAGAGAAGACCCGCUUCAGCAUCCUACCACCUAAACCCUUCAGUGAUGGUGGCGUGGGUCAGUCUCAGGAUGACAGCAUCGUGGGCACUAAGCAGUGCAGGCACAGCGUGGCCAUCAUGCCCAUCCCUGGCAGCCUCUCAUCCAGCAGCCCUGACCUGCUGCAGCCAGCCACUAAUGUGUUGGACUUCUCCAAUCCAGCAGCCGUGGGCUUCUACUACAUUCCAGACCAGGUGAUCCGGGUGUUCAAGGCUGACCAGCAGAGCUGUUACAUCAUCAUCAGCAAGGACACCACGGCCAAGGACGUGGUCAGUCACGUGGUCAACGAGUUUGGCCUGAGCGCGGCCCCGGAGAACUACUCCCUCUGCGAAGUGUCGGUCAGCCCCGAGGGCGUCAUCAAACAACGCAGGCUACCUGACCAGCUCUCCAAGCUGGCUGACCGCAUCCAGCUCAACGGCAGGUACUACCUGAAGAACAACAUGGAUACAGAGACGUUGUGUUCAGACGAUGACGCCCAGGAGCUGCUGAAGGAGAGUCACAUCACUCUGCUCCAGCUCAGCACGGUGGAGGUGGCCGCCCAGCUCUCCAUGAGGGACUUUGAGCUGUUCCGUAACAUCGAGUCCACCGAGUACGUGGACGACCUCUUCAAGCUACUGGACUCCUCGGGGGGAGUCCAGCAGACGCGCCUCAAGCAGUUUGAGGAGGUAAUCAAUCAGGAGACCUUCUGGGUCGCCACGGAGAUCCUGAGGGAGCCCAACGCCAUGAAAAGGAUGAAGACCAUCAAACACUUCAUCAAGAUUGCUCUGAACUGUCGAGAGUGCAAGAACUUCAACUCCAUGUUCGCCAUCAUCAGUGGCCUAAAUCUGGCUCCAAUAGCUCGUCUCAGGUCAUCGUGGGAGAAGCUGCCCAGUAAGUACGACAAGCUGUUCCGCGACCUGCAGGACAUCUUUGACCCGUCCAGGAACAUGGCCAAGUACCGCAACGUCCUGAGCAGCCAGAGCAUGCAGCCGCCCAUUAUCCCCCUGUUCCCCGUUGUCAAGAAGGACCUCACCUUCCUACAUGAAGGUAAUGACUCUAAAGUAGACGGUCUGGUGAACUUUGAGAAGCUGAGGAUGAUCGCCAAGGAGAUCCGUCACGUUGUCCGUAUGACCUCAGCCAACAUGGACCCAGCUCUUAUGUUCCGACAGAGGAAGAAGAGGUGGAAGAGUUUAGGGUCUCUGAGUCAGGGCAGCACCAACUCCAACAUGUUGGACGUGCAGGGCGGGGCCCACAAGAAGCGCGUGCGUCGCAGCUCGCUGCUCAACGCUAAGAAGCUGUACGAGGACGCUCAGAUGGCCCGUAAGGUCAAGCAGUACCUGUCCAACCUGGCGGUGGAGACGGACGAGGAGAAACACCAGAUUAUGUCUCUACAGUGUGAGCCUGUUUACAGCACCUUGUCCAAGAACCUGAGCGAGCGACGGUCCACCAAGUCGGACAUUUCUCCUGUGUCGCUGCGCUCGGCGCUGCCCGGGGGGAAGGCCCAGAACCGCGUGUCCCAGGUGCUUCAGAUCCAGGUACCCCUCUACCCCCAACGGAAGAAGAGCACCGCCAAGGACAUUCACGCCGCACACAACUCCAGCUCUCCCCUAGUGAUAAAGAGGCCUCCUAGCUCCCAGCUCAGCCAAUCAGAGGACAGUCCCUGGAGUGGGAAGAGGUCUGCUGAAGACACCGUGUCCAUCGUGUCCUCCCUGCACUCCAGCCCCACCAUCUCGCCACAGGGCUCCCCACGCAAAGUGGGUGGCAUGGCCAAGCCCCAGCAUAACUCCAACAGCCAAAUGAACAUGUCUGGCUCGUCGUCCUCUCUGACCAGCGAGGCCAGCACCAAGGCGGGCACGGCGGGCACCCGCAGCUACGGCAUAGGCUAUGCCCUGAUGCCUGCAGUGAAAUCCGACAACCUGUCCGACUCCAGCCACAGUGAGAUCUCGUCCCGCUCCAGCAUCGUCAGUAACUGCUCUGUGGACUCAAUGCCUGCUGGCCCUGCAGAGGAGCGCCAAGGCACCAAGGCCAGGGACACCACUGAGACCCCAGGCAUCACCAUGCAGCUCACACACGCCGACUCUGACUGCAGCCAGCCCAGCACCAGUUCGUUGGCGCGGGGCCAGGUGAUGCGGGGUUCCACCUUCACCUCCUCCACCUCCACAGAGGAGCUGACUCCCGACCACGUCUCCCUGGACAGUGUGGCCGACAGUGGGCGGGGCAGCUGGACCUCCUGCUCCUCCAACUCCCACGACAGCUUUCAGAGCUUGCCUGUCCCCCUGCUGGGCCGACCCCCCACCUGGGACCACCUAGUGCCUGGGGGUUUCCGCCACACCCAGCUAGCAGGGCCUAUAGUGGAGGUUGAGGCUGGGCCGGCCUGGGUUGGGGUAGCGGGAGGACCGGGGGUGGGGUCCGGGGGAGGAGAGGACGCCAAGAGGCUCUCCAGAGACAGUUCAGAGCUAAACCAAUCACGGCAGAGCUGGGCCUCAUCCUCCUCACUGUCGGACACCUACGAGGGGAACUACGGCACCAUCAAACGCCGCACUACCGAAGGCGUCUCCGCCGCCCCUGGGGAGAGCCCUGACGCACCCCAAAGCACAGAUCCCGUCUACAAAAUGGUCACCUCAAGCACAGAGAAAGGCCUCAUAGUGUACUGUGUAACCUCCCCCACCAAGGACGAUAGGUACAGGGGGCCUCCCCCCACCCCUCCGGGAUACCAGGGCCUCACCCUGGUCGAUGGACAGGAUGGAGCUCCCCUGCGACCUUCCCACUUGCGGCCGCCCGACUAUAGCGUGGCUCUGCAGAGGUCUAAGCUGCUACAGAGCCCCGGAGGUCUGGUGGAGGCCCGGAGACUAGGGGUGAACCUCCUCCACCACGAAUCCCAGAGCCAGUCCCGGCCGGCCAGCGUCUGCCUUCAGGGCCUAGGGGAUAGUGAGGAUGAUGAGCAGGUGUCAGCGGUGUAGAGCUGGCUGGACGCCUGAACGGACACUGCAGGCCGCUGGAGAGGGAGGGAGGGAUGGUCUAAGCUACAGCAGCUUCCUUGCUGCCUCUCCUCUGGGUUCACGCCCCUCUCUAGGCCCUCCCCGGCUCGGCUGACAGCUGCUCAAUGCUAAACCAACGACAGCCCACAGAACUUGUACAAUCAUCUGUUUUACUCCAUUUUAAAAUUGGUUUAGAAGCUCCCACGUUUUUAAGACUCCCACACCCCUGAAACAUAACUGUAUACAGACUGAGAUGUGGUGUGACGUCGCGGCAUAUGGCUCAGGCGUUUGGGGACGCUGUGCUGAGAAAUGAAGAAGGGAUGGACGAUGCCCGCUGUUGUCUUUUUUACAGUACCUCCCUUUGCUUUUGUGCUCUCUUGUCCCAGGUGUUUUAAAUGAGUUUUUCCUCAGUCGUUGCUUGAAAGUGUUUGUUUUUUUGCCGUUUGCUUGAAGCUCUCUGUUUUUAAAUGGCAUGUGAACUCAAGUUAUAUGAGAAUAUCCAGGAAAGGAGAAAAUCGGAACGAUCAUUUUUCUUCUCGUUAGUUGAUGAAGCAGAGAUCAAGCAGGCUGCAGAAACUCUCCACAAAUACUUUUAUUGUGAGGGGCAGUGAGUGAGUGAGUGAGGGGCAGUGAGUGAGUGAGGGGCAGUGAGUGAGGGGCAGUGAGUGAGUGGAAGUGAGUGAGUGGGUGAGGGCAAGUGAGUGCGGUGAGUGCGCGUCUUAUGCCAUUGUGUAUGAGGUACCCUCAUCCAUUGAGGCUCUCUCUCUUGUUAACUCUUGUGUGUUGUGAACCCACAGUAACAUGAGGUACUUUAGUGUCAUGCUGCCGCGUCUAUGUUUAAUAAAUGGUUUUAUAAGUUGUUUUUAAUGAGUUGACGAACAAAAAGGCUCACUGCUGUAAAAUAGCACAACAUGUUACUUUAUUGCAGUACAGUAAAACAAUGUAUUAGCACUGUACAAACAUUAGAGUUGGCAAGCGUUAAAUGCUAGGCAUGCAGCCAAAAGCCCAAGUUGUUUACAAAGAUGCUUACAAACUUGUUUACAGUGUUUGUUAGACUAACAGUUGUCUAUUAAAUUACAGGCUAAAAUGUAAAAACAUGAUGAUUUCAGGUUAAUUUGACAUGUAAAAGUCUUUUUGUAUGCGAUAGGAAUAUGUGGAUGCAGCAUAAACAACACAUUUGUUGUGUUUUUUUGGUUUGUUUUAAUGUACCUCUUCCGUCUUGGCUAUGAAGUGUGUGAUCUAUCCCAUUCUUGUUUAACAGUCAGGGCAACAAAAGAAAAAGCAACGCUCGUCAAGGCAAAAUGUAUUCAAACGCCAGGUUUGCAAUGCGUCUACAUUCCUUGUUCAAAAUAUAGCUACACUUUUGAAAAAAAGAGUACAUUUUGUAGGGUAUUUUAAAGAAUUUGCUUUCAUUGUUUGUUCUUAUUGCAAGCGAAGGCUAAUUAUUUGUACAGUCUGAACAGGUUUUACCCUCUAGGGUUGAGGGUUAAACCUCAGAAUGGUAUUGUAAUUAUGGAUAAAACUGGAGUUUCUCAUUUAGAUCCAUUUUCUUCGGCUGUUUGUACGUGAUGCUUGUUUCAGUUUUAUUUGGCGUACAAAGACUUGAAAAUAUUAAUGGCGAUAUAUACCGUGCGUAUAUAAAUGUAUACAUAUAUUUUUGGUUCGUCAUAAAUGAAUGUUACUGAUCAUGUAUAGAUGAACAGAGAGUCCUCUAUAAAGGCUAUUUUUAAUAUUUUGUUAUAAUGAAAUCCAAGAUUGUGAUUCCCCCUUUUCUGUCAUUGGGCAGGAAUCUUUUAAGGAUUUUUUUCUCUCCCUCCCUUUGUUUUGCUGCCAUCUCUGUAUAUAUCUAUUUGCUGCUUUGUUUUGACUCCUUCUGAUACGUUGUUGUAUAGGUGUUAUUGUAUGUAUUGACUCUGCCGCCCUCACCAGGUUCAUCAAUCACUGCCUCCUUGCCUCACACACCCCGGGCCUGCGUUCCAAAUGGCACCCUAUUCCUUAUAUAGUACAUUACUUUUGACCAGAGCCCAGGGCUGUAGUGCACUACAUUUGACACAAAAGUAGUGUACUAUGUAGGUAACAGAGUGCCAUUUGAGAUGCAACCCUCCUGACUGAGGGCUUCUGGGUCAUUUUGGACAGGCACGUUGCCUAUGGCACGCAGAUGGACCCAGGUCCAACACUGGCUGUUGCCUUCUGCGCUGAAAGAGUUCCCCUGAACAUGCCCUAAGCCCCUGCCACCUGCCCCUAAGUAGCCCACACACUGUGAGCAGGGUCACUUUCUGGAGGGGACAACAUUCAGUUUCUCAGAUAGAGAUGUCAGGUGCAGAGCUGACAGUAAUUCCCUUGUCUACAUGAUAAAGAAGCACGUCUGUUCUACAUAAUAUAUUUCUAUCUGGGGGUUCUGUGAUGUUGCAUCCCACUGAGCGUAACCAGGAGCAGAGCUUUUAUCAGUGUCUGCUGCUUUCACACAGCUGUGGUAACAUCCUCUCUUCCUCAGCGCUGAUAUCCCUACCCAUGUCCCUACAGAGCUGGAGGGUUCGAUCAUAGAAUUACAAUGAUAUUGAAUGGUUCUAUUCCAUUCACCUUUGCACAUUCCUCCUCAGAAUCCUAUAAACAAUACAGCACCUACUGCAGUAUCAUUGUUCACCAUCACCUUUGAAGGGAAAUCAGAAAAAUAGAUAUACAUCUACACUGAGUAUACCAAACAUUAGGAACACCUUCCUAAAAUAGCCACCCCCCCCUUGCCCUCAGAACAUCCUCAAUUCAUUCGGUCAUGAUGGACCGAAGGUGUCGAAAGCAUUCCACAGGGACGCUGGCCCAUGUUGGCUCCAAUGCUUCCACAAGUUGUCUGGGUGUCCUUUGGGUGAUGGACCAUCCUUGAUACACACAGGAAACUGUUGUGUGAAAAACCCAGCAGCGUUGCAGUUCUUGACAACAACCGGUGGCACCUACUGCCACACCCUAUUCAAAGGCACUUAAAGCACACAUACACUAGCCAUGUCUCAAAGUGUAAAAAUCCUUUCACUCGUCUCCUCGCCUUCUUUUACACGGAUUAAAGUGGAUUUAAAAAGUGGUAUCAAUAAGGGAUCGUACCUUUUCACCUGGAUUCACCUGUUCAGUCUGUGUCAUGGAAGGAGCAGGUGUUAAUGUUUUGUAUACUCAGUGUAUAUGGGGAUAUUCCCUCAUUUUAAAUAAGUUGCCUUAUUUAAGUAUACAACUGUAGAACUGUGUAAACGUCAAGACAUUUGCUUUACCGUAGACUAGAGAAGUCAUCCAUUUUUGUCGAUGGAUGAUGAUAUUGUUCUGACUUGUGUUUUCCCUCUGACUCUGUGGCUUGCCUCUGCAUGGCCCUGCUCACUGUGCUCCUCUCUCUGCCAUUCAGGUCAGCUGGUCAUAUUGAUCAGGGAACACUUUAUUGAUUGAUGCCAAACCCUACCAAUCCUCUGUUUAGCCACUACUAGGCUGAGAAAUAGCAUGUCGUGCACAUAGGGAAACUAAAACACCCCCUGCAGUCAAUUAGAAUAGUUUUGCUUUGAAACGGCGCCUUCUCAAUCAGUACGUUCAGUUUACUUGUGUCGAGAUUCGAUUGGCUGAUCACAUUCACCAUUGCCGACAGUAAUCUGUCCAAGGACUUUAUAUCGGAAUGAUAUUUUCCCUGCAUUCAGUUGAAUCCACUCCCAAUGUUAUUAUAAUUCAACCUGUACUAUAAUCAUAACAGUUUUUGGGGCUAAAGCCAAUCCCACUCCAGAUAGAAGCGAUUAUGUCACGUUAGUAGGAAUUCAACCAAAAGCUCAUUCCUGUAAGGUUGCCCCUGACAACACUGUGGCUUUCUCCGUAGGCGUUAUUAAAUAAACCGUUCGCUAACCGCUGGCUUCUGGUUCUGUCAUAUUACCUGGAAUGCAAUAAGUGAGAUGUGAAAUGAUGUUAUGUAACUCAACAAAAUAUAGGCAUUUAGCAGAACUGCACAAUUGUAAGCUUAACUGUAGCAAUUGUACUGCACAGUGUCGGUUACAAAGAUAUGAUUUGGUCUGUGGCUUCUUUGGUUGACACUUUUCAUAGCUGUUGUAACUUGUGUCUUUUAGAAAGACAAUUAUUUGCUUGUAUGCUUUUUUUGUUGUAUUUUUACCAGUGAUUGUAAAUACUUAUUAUAUUUUUGUUUAAGAGAAUGUUUAAAAAGCAAAAGUUAAUUUUAUUUCUCCAAGUCUACUGAUAUGAAUUUGGACAAUAAUAAACUGUUAAACGUU